GCAGCAUCAUCUGAUGAGAAAGCCUUAGUUGAAGGUGCUGCAAAACUUGGUGUUGUAUUCUCAGGCAAAGAACCGGAUUUAAAUGAGGCUGGUUCAAAUCGAUUGUACAUUGAUUAUUGGUCAUAUUCACCGAGUGAAAUGCAAGAACCGACUGAUGAUGAAUUUAUCAAUCGUGAAUGUUUCAUUGUUGACGCCAUAUUGGAAUUUGAUUCAAUACGUAAACGUAUGAGUGUAAUGGUACGUUAUCCUGACGGAACUUAUUAUGUAUUGAGUAAAGGAGCAGAAACAUCCAUGUUAGAUCCUGAGCGAUGCAAUGCUCGAUCGGGUUAUCAACGUACUCGUGCUAUACAUUAUGUGAAUCAAUAUGCCCUUAGUGGAUUACGUACACUUGUAUUUGCUAAGCGACAAUUGAAUCAAGAUGUUUACAUGAAAUUAGUAAAUAAUUUUAAAUCAGCUUCCGGUUUAAUUGGCAAUGAACGUAUACAUGCAUUAAAAAAAUGUUAUUACGAAAUUGAAUCGGAUAUGGAACCGAUUGGUGUAACUGGUAUUGAAGAUAAAUUACAACCUGGUGUAAAAAAUUGUAUAAAAGCAUUAAAAGAAGCUGGUAUACAAAUUUGGAUUUUAACUGGUGAUAAAGCUGAAACAGCCAUUACAGUGAGUCAAUCUAUUGGACAUUUAACACCGAAUAUGACACUGAUACGAAUUAUGGAUUGUCAAACAUUACAAUUAACAGCUUAUAAAAUUUAUGAACAAUUGAAUGGUUUACAAAUCAUUCAUAAUGAUCAAUAUUAUAGCAAAACAAAACAACAUGAGACGACUAAUACUACUACUACUACUACUGCUACUACUAACAAUGUUCAACAUUCAAUUUGGACAAAAAAUCUUACUCUCCCUCGAAUUAAAUCAAUAAAUUAUGAUGGUGACUCAUUGUCACAGCUGUCCACAUCCAAAUCCAGUGUAAAUGAGCUGAAUCAAUGCGAACCGGAUAAUAUUUAUUAUUAUAGUAAAAAUGAAUUGAUUUCUGAUACGAAAUCUAAAAGAAGAUAUAUUAGACGAAAACAUCGGAAAUAUCCUGGUAUGGCAAAUGAACCAAUUGGAUUGAUUAUUGAUGGGAAAAGUUUACAAUAUGCAUUACAUAAUUCAAUACGUAAUGCAUUUUUGGAAUUAUGUAUGAGUGUUACAACUGUAUUAUGUUGUCGUGUAACACCAUUACAAAAAGCAUCGAUUGUUAAAUUAGUACAAAUUGGUUUGGCUAAAUAUACUCGUCAAGGUACAACACCAGUGAUAGCUGCAAUCGGUGAUGGAGGCAAUGAUGUGGCAAUGAUUUUACAAGCUAAUAUUGGUGUCGGUGUCUAUGGGAAAGAAGGUCGUGAAGCUGUCAGAGCGUCAGACUAUUCAGUGACACAAUUUCAGCAUAUACAACGAUUAUUUUUAUUACAUGGACAUUGGUCAUAUUAUCGUAUCACUAUAACAAUGUUAUUUUUUUAUCAUAAAGCUGUUGCAUUUGUAUCGAAUCAAAUCUGUGUUACAUGUUUUGCUGGUUUCUCUGAGAUUCCUUCAUUUGGUACAAUAUUAUUUAUAUGUUAUAAUUUAACAAUGACAUUUUUAGUCAGUUUAGGUUAUGGAAUGUUUGAACGUCAUUUACGAGAACAUGAUUUAUUGACUAAACCUUAUUUAUAUAAAGCGAUAUCACAUCAAGCUAAUUUAAAAGCAUGGUAUAUUUUAUUAUGGGUUUCCGAUGGAAUAUGGCAUGGUCUAGUCACAUUUUUCAUACCAUAUUUUUGUUUAGCCGGUGGUCAAUUCUAUGCUGAAGCAAUGUUUUAUGAAGUAAAUAAAAAUUCACGCGCGACUUAUGAUUUUAAAAUGAUUGGCAAUGCAUCAUUUGUAUUCUUAUGGAUUGCAGUAACAAUACGUUCAACAAUAUGGACAAGAGAUUUUAAUUUGAUGUUAAUUAUGUGUCAUAUUGGUACAAUGUUAAAUGUGGUCAUAUUAUUCAUUUUUCAAACAUUUGUUACAACGACCAGUAAUGAAUAUCAGAUCUAUAGUCAAUUAUGUCGAAGUCCUGAAUUUUGGUUCGCUUUCCCAUUAACUGUUUUCAUAGCCAAUAUUCCAGCAUUGUUGUGGCGUUUAACAUCCGACACUUGGUGGACUGUACGUAUGCUGAUGAAAAAUUUACCAAAAUAUGAAAGGCGUCAAUUUUAUUCAAACAAUCCAUCCAUAUGGUUGAAAGCUUUUGUUUUUGGUCAAACACAAAUGGUUGAAUCAACUAUGCGACCGGAGAAGAAAACCACUGGGAACACUUUCCAUGAACAAAUCAAUCAUGGUUUUCAGCCGUAAUAAACAGUGCAUGCGUGUGUGUGU